UUUUAACCGGAAAUAUGGCUGACGAAUGACACGUGUAUCAUGUUAUGUAACUUUAUCGAGAUAAUUAUUGUUUUAAAACCUCGGAAACUUAGAGAAUGAAAGAAAACGUGCCAACGAGAUAAGCUUAUGUCAGUUCUUUAUAGAUAAUAAUUAUCAUUUAAAAAAAAUAAGUAAUGAUUUACUCCAGUUUCUAAAUUUCACAUCAAUGAAGCUGAUAAAUAUAGUAAAUUCAAUUUUUUAUCAUACAGUUUAAGAUAAUAUUAAUGACGCACGCGAAUUAUACGUUACCGAUAUAUCAUAAUUAUGUCAGUAAAUACGUUCGUACCGCAUGAUUAAUUCUCGUCCAAUAAAAUGAUUUUAAAAUGAUCAAAGCAAAGAUGUCAAUAAAUAUGUCUGCUUCUAGUAGCAUAUCCGAGUUAGAAAUAGAAGAUAAUUUGUUACUUGGCGAUCUGGGAUACGGUUCGGGUUUAAAACCGGGAGGGAUACCAAACUUUUGUACUUCUUGUAAAGACCUUUCUUGUAAAAAUAAGUUUCCUCAUUUUGCAUAUUUAUGUGAUGCAAAAGAUGACACCAAGAGAAUUUCUCCUUUAGGAAUUCAUUCAUUAUCUUCAGAAUAUUCUGACAGUGCUAAUUCGGAAGAGUUAUGUGACUUGAUCGAAGAAGAAAGAGAAACAUUUAGUUUAGAACUGAAAAAAAUAUUUCAAACAAAAAGAAAUUCUAAUUGUUUCGAUACUAUCGAUGAUUCCAGUUCCGAAAAAGUAAUUUCUAAUCUAAAAGAAGAAUUAAAAUUAGCAUAUGAGAAAAUAGAAAAAUUAAGUAGUGAUUUAGAAGUCACUAGAAAAUUAUUAUAUGGUAAAUAUAAAGCAAGUGAAGUUCUUGCUAAACAGCUAAAUGCAAUUGAACAAGAAAACAAAUCUGUAGAAAAAACUAUAAAAAAUGAAUGUUCACAACUUCAGAAGGAAGUAAAUUCAUUACAAUUUACUUUAAAUUACACUGAAAGCCAGUUAACAGAAAGUCAACGUAAUUGGCUUGAAAGAUAUAACAGUGUUGCUAAAGAAAACAGUGAAUUAACAAUAACUGUUAAGGAACAAGCAGAUGCAAUUAAGUCAUUAAUUUCUAAUCGCAUGGCUCUGUCUCAUGAGAGAGACGAACUCAUGGUACUUUUAGAUGCCAAAGAAAGAAGAAUUUUUCAAAGAUCAUCAUCUCUUUCUUCAGAAGAGAGCAAUUCAGAAUUUACAAGUCUUGAACUGAGUUUGUUAGGUGCUUGUUCCUGUAGAUGCAAAAACCAAGAGCCUUGUAGAUGUGCAAGAGCAGCAUGUUCUAAGCAAAAGCAUAUAAUUCAUUUAAACAAAGAACUUAUUCAACAGUCUUCUUCAGCUGGAUUGCAUACAAAUCAUACUGUUCAUGAACAGUAUGGUUUGAUGUUAUGA